UUGUGGUAGACGUCUGAUGGAAAAUGUAAUGAAAUAUGGAUCUCUCAGGGGAUUUGUGGCACUUAAAUAAAGCAAGAAAUAUUCCAUGCAGUGCUUGUGUAACGUGAUUCACAUCUAAAUGACGUGCAAGAAAAUAUCCCUAAUGAAAUUCAAGGACGGUGUUAUUUCAAUGUCAAUCUCAUCUGUUUCAUUUUCGUCAUCAGUAAACAUGGCGGAUAGAAGCCAGUUUUAUUCCAUCUGAACGAAUGUGAUUAGUUGUUACCUGAAAUGUUUUCGGCGCCCUCAACAUCAGAGACGCACAGCUAUGAUUUCGAGAAAGAAGAAAAUGCCGCAAAAUGGAAAGGAGUUUUUGUCAAUUCACUGCGCAAGGUGCUGGAGCAGGUGCAUCAUUCACUUACGGCGCGUGACGACGCCCUCGACUACGUCGAAAGUCUCAUCUUGCGAUUGUUGGGAAUGUUGUGCGCACGCCCCUCCCCCCAUACAGUGCAGGAUGUGGAGGAUAGGGUACGGCGCACCUUCCCAACACCCAUUGACAAAUGGGCACUGGCCGACGCGAAAGAAGCGUUGGAGCGUGGGAAGAAAAAAUGUGUGUUGCCCGUUGACAAGAUACAUCACAUGCUUCAGAAGGAAGUUCUACAGUACAAAAUUGAUUCUCAGGUCUCUCUGUAUCUCGCAGCAGUUCUUGAAUACAUCUCAGCUGAUAUUUUAAAGUUGGCUGGAAAUUAUGUCAAAAAUAUUCAUCAUGUUGAAAUUUCAUGCCAGGAUAUUAGAGUUGCAAUGUGUGCUGACAAGGUGCUGAUGGACAUGUUCUACCAAGACGACGAUGGAGUUUCUGCUGGUGUUGCCGAUGACGUAGAUCCUCUGACGCCUCGCACGUCACUCACGUACGAAGAGGUUGUAAAAGACCUAAUUCAUGAUGAGAAACAGUAUUUACGUGAUUUACACAUGAUAAUCAAAGUAUUCCGUGAAGAAAUUGCAAAACUUGUCAGUUCUGACAGUAAGGAGCUCGACGCAAUGUUUAGUAAUAUAAUGGACAUUUAUGAACUGACUGUAACUUUCUUGGGUUCAUUGGAAGAUAUGGUUGAGAUCAGUGAAGAGAAACAAGUACCUGCGAUUGGAAGCUGCUUUGAAGAAUUAGCAGAGGCUGCCGAAUUUGAUGUCUAUGGGAGGUAUGCACGUGACAUCACACAGCCACAGAGCAGAGAGGCGCUAAUGAAGCUCAGCAGUCGGCCCGAAGUCUCUGAUGCUCUUCAGUCGGCUGGCCAUGGAUUCAGAGAAGCUGUGAAGUAUUACCUUCCAAAGCUGCUGCUUGGUCCUAUUUGGCACUGUUUUCUGUACUUCGACUAUAUAAAGAUUUUGCAUAGAUUGACACCCAUUGACGAAGACAGAGAGAGCUUGGAACAGGUGGAAGGCCUGUUGAAGCCACUUCAAACGGAACUUUUGCAGACAGUUGGAAACUUACCAAAGAGAGAGAGUGGAAUUCGAAUGCAUGGUAGAGUGAGGAGACAGAUUGCUCUGGAUAAGACGAAUGAGCUUCAAAAAUCAAUAGACGGUUGGGAAGGGAAGGACAUUGGCCAAUGCUGCAAUGAAUUUAUUCGUGAGGAUGUGUUGGGAAAAGUCGGUAGUGGUCGAAGACUGACUGAAAGGCGUGUUUUUCUCUUCGAUGGCUUGAUGGUAUUGUGCAAGCCCAACAGUAAACGCACAUCUGUGUCUGUUACGGGUCCUGUCGGAGGAGAGUUUCGCCUCAAGGAACGGUUCUUUAUCCGUAAAGUGGAAAUUGUUGAUAGAGAGGAUACUGAAGAGCUGAAGAACGCAUUUGACAUUGCACCAAGAGUUCAGCCCAGUGUUACUCUUGUUGCAAAGUCCGUUGAAGAUAAGAACAACUGGAUGGCAGAUUUGGUCAUGCUCAAUACAAAAAGCAUGUUGGAACGCACGUUGGAUAGCAUACUCUUGGAUGAAGAGAAGAAACAUCCCUUGCGACUACCUUCACCAGAUAUUUACAGGUUUGCUGAAAGUGAUUGCAAGGACAACAUUGUCCUUGAAGAAAGAGAAAAUGCUGGUGUCCCACUUAUUAAGGGAGCCACACUGUAUAAAUUGGUCGAGAGGCUAACUUAUCAUAUAUAUGCUGAUCCCAUGUUUGUACGCACUUUUCUCACAACCUACAGGAGCUUCUGUUCGCCACAGGAACUCCUUGGUCUCCUGGUAGAGAGAUUUAACAUUCCCGAUCCAUCCAUCGUGUACGAGGAUAAUAAAGAUUCAUUAGAAUCAGAUAAGACGCUAAAAAAUUCGCAGCGAGAAGACUGGAAAAGGUAUCGAAAAGAGUACUGUCAGCCAGUACAGUUCAGGGUGCUAAACGUACUAAGACAUUGGGUAGAUCACCAUUUUUAUGACUUUGAAAGGGAUCCAGCACUGUUAGAGCAACUUAACAAUUUUUUAAAUACAGUAAAUGGAAAAUCAAUGAGGAAGUGGGUCGAUUCAGUGUUGAAAAUUGUGCAGCGAAAGUCUGAUCCAGCUGAACAGCAGAGAGAAAUUAGAUUUGCUUUUGACCGUUCGCCACCUCCGACUGAAUGGCAUAUCCGCUGCCCUGAAGAAGAAUGGAAUAUUCUGACUCUACAUCCAAUAGAAAUUGCUCGUCAGCUGACAUUGUUGGAGUUCGAACUCUACAGGGCAGUAAAACCAUCAGAACUCGUUGGAAGUGUGUGGACCAAAAAGGAAAAAGAACAGACUUCCCCGAACCUUCUUCGCAUGAUCAAACAUACGACAAAUUUCACACGAUGGCUAGAAAAAAAUAUUGUGGAAGCAGAAAACUUUGAAGAAAGAGUUGCAAUAGUAUCUCGGAUAAUUGAGAUUAUGUUAGUUUUACAGGAACUGAACAAUUUUAAUGGUGUAUUGGCUGUUGUGUCGGCAAUGGGCUCUGCAUCAGUCUUCAGGCUUAAAUUUACUUUCCAGGCCAUAUCAGCUCGUUUGGAGAAAGCUCUUGAGGAUGCAAGAGAGCUAAAUAGUGAUCAUUUUCGAAAAUAUCAAGAGAAACUUCGUUCGAUUAAUCCUCCGUGUGUUCCUUUUUUUGGUAUGUACCUGACUAACAUCCUUCAUAUUGAAGAGGGAAAUCCUGACUACUUGCCAAACUCUCCAGAACUUAUUAACUUCAGCAAACGACGGAAAGUAGCUGAAAUAACGGGUGAAAUACAACAGUACCAGAACCAACCUUAUUGUUUAAAGACUGAACCAAAGAUUCGGCAUUUUUUGGAAACACUGGCACCAUUUGAAGAUAUGAAAGAUGCAGAUAUCAGUAAUUACUUGUACAAUAAGUCACUGGAAAUAGAGCCUCGUGGUUGCAGACAGCCACCUAGAUUUUCUCGAAAAUGGCCAGAUUUGAAUCUUAAAUCACCUGGUAUUAAACCACGCAACCUCCCUGGUCGCAGUCAUCCUCCUGGCCCAUUGCCUUCUUUGGGAGAGCGUCAUCUGUUUCCUUCCACAAACCGCUUGCCAGAGGAUGGAGAAGAAACAACCACCCCACGAACACCACACACCUGCUCGGCUCCACAUACACCUCCACACCAUGUACCAACACCUGCAUCCUCAGCUGCCGACUUCUCUGUUUUCGCAAAUAUUAUGAUUGGGCAAGCUGCUCCUUCCUUUGGAGGUUCUGGCAACCAGUCUCCUGGCCCUAUAUCUUCAACACCAGCCCCAAGUUAUCCCAGUCUGGUACCAGCUUCAACUUCGGCAACAGCUUCUGCAUCUGCGUCUCCAGCUACGUCUCCUGCAAAUACUGGUGGCACGAGCCCGUCUUUUUCUCUUCAAGGACACAGUCACUCCAGCAUGCAGCAGAUACCUCAGUCCGGCACUCAGAUGCAGAGUUCCUCCCCCUCCUGCACUGCAGCUCCAGUGCCGAGCCCUCGGCUGCCGCCACCCCUGCCUCCGAGGAUCCGGCGGCGAGAGAGUUCAGUCAGUGAAAGCUCUGCCUCUUCAGCAGUCAGUUCACAUCAGAUUCGGCAGGCUCCAGAUGCACCACAGCUACCUCCUCGUGAUCCCUCACCGCCGCCGCCUCUACCUCCACGUCUCGGUCUGGUGUCUUCUGCGAGCCUCCUGUCGGUGUCAUCUGCAGGAGCAUCGGGCACCGUGCCACGUGUGCAGCCAGUUGGCAGUUCUGCCAUACUUGUAAGACGUAACUCUGCCAUGGAGAUAACGCAUCCUCCCGGCUCUCCUGCAUCCUCUGUAGCACCAGCACCACCACCGUCACGUCGCCAUAUGUCUGUGACGGGAAAUGGGCCUGUACAUUCGUCCACACACAACCUUUCUUCCUCCGUAUCCAGCAUCAGCCACCAGGCAUCUAGAUCACUUCACAGUGACGAAUGCUUAACUGGCUCACUGCCACGUCAUCACAACCAUCACACUGUCCAUCGCACACCGCGCCUGCCACCCAGACCGAUUGUCAACAGGCACAUUCCACCACCCACAUCAUUUCAUUUUAAUAGUCAAAGCUAGUGCCUGCUUCUCACGGGGAUGAAGUAUUUGUAUACGUACUAAUUUAUUUAAAGUGUUGGUGUAUAAGAAUAUUUUGCUGACGACAGGUGGAAAAUCCGUGAGUGGCUUUAAUGUGACGGUGUUUGUGAACUGCAGCUAUGUAGCCUUUAUUUUUGCAUAGAGCUUAAAAAAAUACUACUACCAUAUGACUGUGAGCCAUUCGUUGAAAGUUUGUGGUGAACUGUGUGCCUCUUGGUGGACUAGUUGAUGGGUGUUGAUGGGGACUUUCAUAUGUUACAUUUUUCCACUGUGGUGACAUCUGAGCAGGAUUUUUGUGAAAGUCAAAGAAUAAUCCAUAAAGUUAAUGAUGGCUGUGUGAUUGCUGAUAUGUUAUGAGACAAGUAAGAUAUUUAUUUAUUUCUGACAAGGCGGGUGGACACCAGUUAACUGGACCAAAUGCUAUAAUCUGUCCAGCCAUUCAGAGUUUGGGACGUAUGGAUAAGAAUGUUGACAGUGUGUCUUGUUGCCUGACAUAACCACCUGAGGAACCCAGACAAAUUAAAUGUCUAUUUUUGCUAGCAACUUGUUCAUAUUUUGGACAUUUUGUGUGAUAGUUGAGUAGAACGGGUUUACGGACUAGGAUAGUGUGUUUACAGUAUUUAGAACUGUUAAAUGGAAUGUGUUUGUAAGAGUUAUAGCCAGAGGAACAAUGAAUAUAGUACAAAUGUUUUCUAUUGCUUCUGCUAAAGUAGAAUUCUGUUAAUAUUUUGAUUUGUUCCCUUACAUAACCCCUAUUUUCUAUUAUUAAGAUUGGUGCACUAUGCACAAGAAUAAUGUGUAAUAGAUGUAUUCACAAUUGGUGUCAUUUUACCCCAAAUCAUAUGUUGUUACCUUUUAGCUAAAACUGCAUCUCCAUACAUCCUUUCAAGACUUUUUACAGUUUUAUUUCAUUGAAAAAAAAAAAAAUCUCGAUAGUGUUUAAAAACAUUUUUUCGCUAUCAUUGUCUGGAAAGGAAAUUGCCAGUGUUGAGAGUUUUAAUCACCAAGGAAGCCUUAGGGUUUGUAAAUUAAAUUAGGAUUUAUUUUUCUUUGAAGACUUAUUUGCGCACAUGUUAAAAUCCUGUCUAUGUAACAUUUAUUCUCUCUCUCCUCUAUGAAGUUGUGUGGAAAAUGGAAGAGUAAUGUAAAUUGUAUUUCAAUUGUUUUCCUGUUUUACACAUCUCAGGUGAUUAAGUAUUAAGAAAAUGACAUCACUUGCCUAAUAUAAUUGGUUUGAUGUAGCCUGUAGCAGGGUAACAGUUUCAUCUUGUUUGCUAUGUAGAUGUUUUAUACUGCAUUUAAAGAAGAAAAAUGUGUUUCAUUAUUGAUUCCUUAAAAAUAAUUUUGUGGAACAUUUGAAUAUAUUUGCUGGUUUCAAGUUGGACAUAAUUUUCUGGACAAUUCAUAAAUAGCUUAAAAAAUUGCCUUAUUUUAUCAUACAUAUAUGUGAAUAAGAUAAAGUCUGAUAAUUUGAGUGCAUCUUGGAAUAGUGAAAUGUUCAUACUUCAUCUUGAAGAAUGUGGGCACAACAAAUAGUGCUGCUACUCACUUGCCCCCCACCCCCUUGUUCCAAAAAAAGAAGCCACAGCUUGAUAUUGCCACCUAGUUAUUUAUGCAUCGCAAACAAGUUUUAUUUGUAGUAUCUCUUUUUUUGAGAAUACUGAUGUGCAGGUAUUUCGGGUGAGGUUGUGACAACAGACUUGCAUGAAAUUCAAGCUUGUUGAUAGUAAAAUCAGCACUUUUUAAACUAAAGAUAAUUAUGUAACAAAUACUGUCUUUUUAUGGAUUCUUGUGCAGAGGGGAAGUUGGAGCUCAAAGCUUGUGUGUGCAGUGUAAUUGAUGGGCAUAUCUUGUCUUCCUGAAUGUCACGUGAAUGAGUAUUACUUGACAUUCCACUUUACCCAAGUCAUAUUGUAGUUUCCUGUUAACAUGCUACAAGAAAGAUUGCAUAAAAGAUUUUUUAAGCUACAUUCUUAUGGUGUCAGAUGCUUCAACAACAACUCGAGUGUACAUAUAUUGUUGACUAAAUUAAAUGAAGUGUGUCAGUUCUGUUCUGAUUCUACAAUACAGCACCAUUAAUGGCUAGAGGCUUCAUGCCUGAUGCUGUUGUUAGGUUUUGAAUGUAAAUCAGAAGUUUGGUGCUCUGUUGUUCCUAGAAUGUGAAAUGAACACAUUGUAUAUAUUAUCUAGUUUCUUAUUAUAAUGCUCCAUGAGUAAAUUAUAUCAGUGUUAGAGGGGUGCUUCAUGAUAUGUAGAAAAAAAUUAAAUGUACUGUAGUAUUUCAUUUGCCAUGAUGGAGUAAGGAGUGUGAACAAUAAUGCAAUUUAAAUUAAGUAAAACUUUUUUGAGUGAGUUUUCUUGGCAGCCAGUCAUUUGCAGAACUUUUUACAUUAUGCACUUUCAGUUCUGUGUAAUACGUGUUAUUUUUUAGAGACUUGCAGUAAUUUUAUGUAUGUGAAAAAGAUGGGGACCAUCUAUGUGCCAAAUACAUUGUAGAUUUCUAUUUUCAAUACUUUGUUUGUCUGAGGUGAGGUAACGUUUAUGGCAGCUACAUACAAUACUGACCUGCAGUUUUUAAACAUACUGUUAUUUUGUCUGUUGUUAAGUUACACUUUAUUUGAUUACUUUGGGGGUGUAAUGUUCCCUUUGUGUGCCAUAAUUUCAGUGAUCUGUACGAACUGAGCACAUACUCUCUAUUUUGAAAGAAUCAUAGUAUAAACUGAAUGAAGCAGUAAUGUAAGAAUUAAUUAUGGUAAUUGUGGUGUUGUAAUUCUUACCCUUUUUUAUGAUACACAACAAACUUUUUUUGUGAGGCUUGUUAUCUCCACGCUUUUCUGGACUACAUCUUAUCAGAGUAUAACAUGUGUAGCACCAAUUUGUGCCCUGGAUUUCUUUAAUAUUUUUCCAUUCAUGUAUACGAGUUGAAGUUUCAGUGUUAAUCAAUCUUGAUGUAGAUGUUGCACGUAUGUGCCACAAAAUUAUUGAUUACUUAUUGGGUAAAAAUUUAUUUUACAUUGAAGUCUUUUGUACUAGUAUUGAAAAACCUUGCUGUCACAUUAAUAGGGUAAAGAUUUAUUUCUUUAAUUUGUCUCAUUGUGAUGUAAGCCAUAGUGUGUUCUGAUAAAUAAGAACACAAGUCUGGAUGUACAAGGAAAUGUAGGGCAAACAUGCCACAGCAAAUCAGUUCUGCACCCAAUAAUUUUUUGUGGUGCUACAUGCCACGUAAAGCUGAAGAAUUAUGAAAAACUGAUCUUUUCAUCCCAGACGUUUGGGUUCGAAAGAUACUUGGGAAAGGUCUUGAAUAGAAGACACACAGUAACAAAACAAUUUUGUUGAAGCAGACAACUAUGACUUGCAUUACGGUAUUGAAGAGGACAAAUAUUAAGAUGCAAAAGUAGAUUUAACAAAGAUGUGGUACAUAUGUGACCAAAAAACCUUCCAGCUUAUCAUAAGCAAUCGUUCUUUGUGUUUAGUGAGUGCAUUAGUAGAUCAUUUGUUUUAAAAAUGUUAUUGAUUUUUGUUGCCCUACUUAUAGGCAACAUCCUCUUUUCCUGUAUUUUCUCAUAGAUUUUAUUCCUUUAAUCCUUCUGCUUAUCUUCACCCUUCUUUCCAUUUUUUUUUCUUUUCUUUGAGCAAUACCAUAACUCCUUCAGGCAUUUUGACAAGUUUCAUUUAAUUUCUCCUGUUUUGUGAGCUAAUUAUUCUCGGAGAACUACACUGUUCUUUGUCAUUUGAAUGACUGGUACAUACUGGUAGUAGUGUCUUUUCUUCCCUUCUCAUUGUAUCAUCACAUUGUCAAUCCAGCCUAUUGGUUGAGAAAUCUCUGUUUGUGACACCUGAUUUUUCUGGAUUAACCCCCUCCCCCCCCCCCCCCUCCCUCCCUCCCUGUGCAAGCUACCUUUAGCUACAACUCCCCUCAAAAGGAAUGAAGUUACUAAUAGAAAGCAAACACGACCAAAGCUUGUAAGUAAUGUGAUUCUAUUUUGUUUAAGUAAAAUAGCUUUUUUGUUAAUACAUCAGUGUCGAACACUGCACGUUGAUCGUUCUGACAGUGCGCAAUGGAUCUUUACCUUUCCAAAACAUUAUUUUGCAAACAGUUUCAUAGAAAAGUGUUAUGUGCAUUCCUAAUUACUGACUGAUGAAUGUAACUUACUUAUGAAAGGUGAGAUCUGAGCUGCCCUUGAUUCAGUGUUUGCAGGUUUUACCUGCAUUGGAUCAUAUGUUUUCUGUGUACUGUGUUCUUAAUCUUCAGAGUUGUUAAAAUAUUUAUUUUGCUCCCAACCUGAAUUACAGCAAAGCACUUCCAGCUGCCAGAAGUACAUUGCACAGAGAUUUGCCUUCAUUAAAUACAGCAAUGUAGGUAAAGAUAGAUUGCUACUUACCAUAAGUAUUAGUCUAUCUUUUCAUAGGUUGUUGAUAUUCCUACAUGGAGCUUCAUUAAAUAAAAAUAUUCUAGCUUUGAAUUUGUCUUAAUAGUAAAACUACAAGCCUUCCCAAACCUCAAUUUGUUUCAUUUGCUAUAGGGCUUUCUCUCCAGUGAAAUGAAAAAUUCUGCAGUAAUUGGUAGAAAUCAUGUGCUCAUUGACACCAUAAUUUUCAAGAGGGAUUGGGUGGUAAUAGUCGUCAUUCAAACCCACAUGCACCAAUGAUUACUCUAAUAAAUUCCUUCAUAUUUUGAUUUAAACUAAGUGAUAAGUAUUAGAACCAGAAGGACAAACAUUUAGCUGACCUAUGAAACUGGUGGCUACAUGUGAACUCCAUUCAAUAGUUACUGCAGUAAUAAGGAUACAUAAGGCCUAUUUAUUACAACUGAGAACAAUUAUACACCAUCUUCAGUUAUGAAAUAAACAAACACCCACAAGAACAUAAAAGAAAUUAUUCAAAAGUUGAUUUGACUGAUCAGUGUAUGGUUUUCAUAUAAUAUCUUUCAGCUUAAUUUAAGUAUUGUAUAUAAAACAGUUUAUGAACAUAUGGUAUUUCAAUAAAUCAUGGUCAAGAUGGAAUUGUUAGACUGCACUACUUGUUUGUUUUAAAUAUGCCAUUGAAUUACACUCUUUAAGUUAGGAUGGCAACUCACCUUUCUGGCUUUAUACUCAUUUUCAGUUCAUACUCCUUGUUCAAAUGGCAAAGAAAUGACUGUUGUAUAUGAACGUAAAUUGUAUGUGGUCCUUUAUGUGAUCGAUGUAUAAUUGUGUAGGCACUUUUUACAAUAAAUAAUAGGUAUCACAUAGUACUAGAAGGCGGUAUUUUAUGUGACAUUUGAUUAGAUUUGGCCUAUUGUUGAUAAAUUUCAGUACUGUAUGACCAGUGGUAGUGUGUUAUUCUUUGUGUAUAUUUUUUCUGUGUGUUUAGCAAAACAAGAAAAAAAAAUCUCAAUGUAAUGUUAAGAUGUAACUACAUUAUUUCAGUACAUGGCUAGUCAGUUUAUUAUGAUAUUGUUUAAUAAAUGUUUAUAGUAAUAUUUCUGUUAUUUGGUGUAAAAGUAAUGUAAAAAAUU